AUGAAUGACGGAAUUAGUAUUCUUCUUGCAUUUUUCGUUAUAGUAGUGGUGUUUCGGUGGCUGUUGGCCUCGACAUCUGACACCCAAACCUUACGGAGACCGCAUAACACAACCCUGGAUCAGCUAAGGAUGCGACCUCGGCCCGUUACGGCAGAAAUGGUGGAGACGGUAUGUGCUAUGUUUCCCAACAUCCCACCAGCUGCGGUACAGUAUGAUCUUCAAAAGACAGGUUCAGUCGAAGUAACUUGUGACAAUAUUCUACAGAAUGGCACUCUGCCCAUGCCACCCGCAGUCGUUCCUCAGCAGCCAUUUCAACUUGAAGAGGCGGUGGCCAAGAAUGUUACUCCCGAAGAGCCACCCAAGACUUGGGAGCAAACGGCUGAGAAGCGAGCAGAGAUUCUACGAAAAAGAAAAGAAGCAAUGAUUCUGAAGGCAAGAAUGCGUUAUAUUGAACAGGAAAAGAAUGAUCAGGAUACGAAAGUACAGACUGUCUCGCCUACAUCGAGCAAUCUGCCGACAGAGCUGAUUGCUAAGAAUCUUGAUUUGUCGUCAGAAACGCGGCGGCAACAAUCGUCGCUCAAAAUGGGAAACGUGAAUAGAAGGAAUUAG